CUUUCCUUGAUAACACAUGAGAGCUGGAAGCACCUGUUCUUUACUGUACUACACCUCUCCCUCUUUCCUUACUUCUCCAGCAGACAGGUGUUGGCAGGUGGGAGAAAACCAUGCCUAAACCAACCAUUUCUUCACCAUACAAUGGGCCAAGGUGCCUUCUCACCUGUGUGCUUCUGGCUCUAAACUUCAACCUUCUCCAGGGACAGCAGCUUCAUGCUUGCAAAGAGUCAGAGUACCACUAUGAAUACACUGAAUGUGACAGCAAAGGCACCAGAUGGCGUGUGGCAGUGCCUCAUACUCCGGGACUGUGUACAGGACUUCCAGAUCCAGUCAAAGGAAAAGAAUGCUCUUUUUCCUGCUCUGCUGGGCAUUACCUGGAUAUGUCACUACAAGAAUGUACAUCUUGUACAAAAGGAACAUACUCUCUGGGUACUGGUGUGCGUUUUGAUGAGUGGACAGAGCUUCCACCUGGUUUCUACAGCGUUUCCGACACUGUGUUUGAUUCAACUGGCAAUUGCACUACGUCACAGUGGGAAGCCCGUGGUGAAUAUGUAGCAUCAAAUACUGAUGAAUGCUCGGCCACUUUAAUGUAUUCAAUCAACCUGAAACAGGAAGGAACACUUACCUUUGAAUAUUUAUAUCCGGACAGUAGCAUUGUAUUUGAGUUCUUUGUUCAUAAUGAUCAAUGUCAGCCCAGAGAAGAGGAAUCCGGAGGGAUGAGGACCACUGAGAAUGGCUGGAAUGUUCAUCUAGUAAAGCUUACUCAAGGAACUAAUGUUCUGUACUGGAAAACUACAGCCUUUUACUUUGGAGUUUCCAGCCCUAAACCAGUCUUAUUGAGAAACAUUUUCAUCACAGGUGCAGCAUAUACGUCAGAAUGUUUCCCAUGCAAGCCUGGAACAUUUGCACCCUCAGACGGAGCACCAUCCUGUCAGAUCUGCCCAAGAAACACUUACUCAAUACGUGGAGCUUCCUCCUGUAUACCGUGUGAAGCUGACAAGUACUCUGUUCCUGGAUCUGGAUCUUGUCUUCCUCGCCCACCAUGCACAGACAAAGAUUAUUUCUAUACACACACACCAUGUGAUGCCAAUAGAGAGACGCAACUCAUGUAUAAAUGGAUCGAGCCUAAGAUAUGCAGUAACAGUUUGGAAGGAGCGAAAAGUCUGCCAGUAUCGGGUGUUAAGAAGAAGUGCCCACCAUGCAAUCCAGGAUUCUAUGUGACAAAUACAAGCUCUUGUGAGCCCUGCCCCAAAUAUACUUUUUCAAAUGGGACCACUUGCAAUCCCUGCCCAGCUGGUACAGAAGCUAUGCUUGGCUAUGAGUACAAAUGGUGGAAUAAACUACCUGACAACAUGCAAAGUUUGGUCAUGAGCGGGCUAACCUUUGAGUAUGAGAAUGUGUCAGGGUGGGAAGUUGCUGGAGAAUAUAUUUACACUUCUGCUGCAUCUUCAGAUAAUGAUUACAUGGUACUUAGAUUGAACAUACCUAGCUUCAGCUCUCCCAGCAUUGCAACACCUGACAGUAAUAAUGAAGUGGCCCAUAUUUCAUUUGUGUUUGAUCUUAAAUGUAUUAUCAGUUGCCAGCUCUUUUUCAUGAUGGCUGUAAAUUCAGAAAUGACCUCACUGGUAGAAAGCUGGACGGGUUCUACGGAAAAACAGUCCUAUUCAUAUCGUUUGGAGAAAAAUGCUAAUACCACUUUUACAUGGGCAUUCCAAAGGACAAGUGUUGAUUCAGAUGGGGGUCGGAAAUAUACUGCAGAUAUUGCAAAAAUAUAUUCCAUAAAUGUUACUAAUGCUAAGGAUGGUGUUGCAUCGUGGUGUCGGCCAUGUGCCCAGGACAAGGAUUCCCUGUGCAUCUCUUGUCCCCCUGGGCAUUACAUUGACAAGAGGACCAACAAGUGCAUCUCAUGCCCAACUAACACUUACCUGCAAUCAAACUUACCGUUUGGAGAUGAAACUUGUACAAAAUGUGGGCCUGGAACAAAAAGCAAUGAUGCACACUCCCUGUGUUUUCAUGAUUGCAAAAUGACUGUAUCAGCAGGAAGAACAGAACUGAUGUAUGACUUUACAUUACUUUCAAAUGUAACCACAUUUAUUGGAGCUCCCAGUUUUACCGCCAAAGGACUCAAAUACUAUCGUCAGUUUAGUAUAAGCCUCUGCGGCAACAAGGGUAAGAAACUGGCUACGUGUCUUCAAAAUGUAUCAGAUACUUGGGGAUCAGAUAUCGAGCCUGUGCAUUCUGUUGCCUCCUAUGUUUGCCAGUCUAUGUAUGUGCCUUCAGAUUCACUUGGUCACAAGACAGUGAUGACUACACAACCAGCAAACCUCGCUGAUCAGCUCAUAGGUGUCACAACAGAUAUCGCUUUUGAUAAAAUCUCAUCUCCAGUGGAUCUUUUUCCUGGAGAAAAUGUAGCCAUAAAAGACAUCAUAUUCUAUUACAGGUCAAAAGAGGUUACACAGUCCUGUAUUUCUGGACGGUCUACUACUAUCCGGCUUCGCUGUAAUCCACAAAUUGCUAACAUACAAAAUAUAUCUGUGCCAAGGCACUGCCCAGAAGGAACUUGUGAUGGCUGUGUAUUUCAUUUUCUGUGGGAGACAGAAAAGGCGUGUCCUCUUUGUACUGUCAAUGAUUACCAUAUCAUCACAAGUGUCUGUCAGCAUGGAAUCCAGAGGACAACUGCAUUGUGGCAUACGCCACGGCUGUGUGUCGGUGGUGUGAAGCUUCCAGAAUCAACUGUCAGUAUUUGUAAGACCGAAGAUUUUUGGCUGAAAGUGGGGGUGACUGGUGGUAUUUGCUCUGCACUGAUACUCACAGCACUUACUGCUUACUUUUGGAGCAAGAAUCGAAACUUGGAGUACAAGUAUUCGCGGCUAAUGAUGAAUGCCCCAACAAAGGAUGGAGAGCUACCGGCAGCUGACAGCUGUGCCAUAAUGGAGGGGGAGGAUGCCGAGGAUGAACUCGUAUUCAAUAACCGCCAUUCCAUACUGCGCAAGUUUAUGUCACUGUCUAAGAAGAGAACAUCCGAUGGAUUCGACUCUGUACCUUUAAAGUCAUCAGACGGUUAUCAUACAGACAUGUGAUUGAAAGUUUUGACCAUUACUGACUUCAUUUAACCGCAUGCACAGUCCAAACCUGUGUAUCCAUUGUUGUGUGGCAUGUUCAUUUUCUGCCAAGGUCUUUUUCUUUCGGUUUGUUUACAUGAGGGUGCAACUGAAACCUUCGCAGCAGCCGCAUUUGAAUCGCACAUGCUUUCUGCUGUCAGCCCUGUGUCACUAAUUAUGUUGAUUUUUAGUUAAUAUUUAAUGCUGCCUUUAGUUUACCUUUUCAUUAAGGGUACCUGCCAUGGGGUAUAUAUGUAGGAUGCCAUUGUGUGGCUGUCAUGUUGAUUCACCGGCUUCGGUACUUUGAGUCACUGACCCAGAGCAAGAUUAGAGGUAAGGGAUUCAGACUUUGCCUUUUACUUAAACAACUUCUGGGUCCGUGGCUCAGAAGUACUGAACCUGGAAAUUUCGAAUUUUGUGGUCAGCAAUGGCAGGGCACAUGUUUCUCUAACAAGUGUACUUCAUUAGCAUUAUUCAAAUUUGUAUAUAUUUA